AUGGGCUGCUUUUCGUCUAAACACAGAAGACAGUUCCCUGGACACGAAGAUCCCGUGUCUCUUGCUUCCCAAACGGCCUGUAAGUAUACAUAAUUUGCCAGCAACUUUUAGAUUGUGUUGGUGGUGAUGGUCAUUAUCAGUUUCUCAUAGUCGAGAAUACUAUUUCACUUGCUUUUCUCCAGAUCAAGCAAACUGACAGAUAUCAGGUCUCUCUUGUGGGAUAUAUUUUUUAUCUUUUAAAGAUUUAUAAAUAUGCAACCUUCUGUUCUCAACUGUGAAAAAGCGUCUGAACCGUUUUCAAGUCCUUUUCCAACAACCCCAAAAAAAAAGGAAAAAAAGAACAAGGAAAAAAGGAACAGAAAAAAAAGAAAAAAAAGAGAAAAGAGACAAAUAACACGAUUUUACUGGCAGCCCCUAAGGAGAAAACUACAUAUAAGUGAUGCUUAGUGUAAUUAGUGCAAACAAAAGCACAGAAAAUACUCUCAGGUAAGCUAAAAGCAUGAAGAUUGUAUUGGUCCUGAAAACUUAGACUGUUGUACUGACUCUGGUUUUUCUGAAGUCAAAUCAUUGUCAAAAUAUAAAGCCGAUAUGGUUAGAUUUUUAUACAGUUUUAUUCCAGUAGCCUCUGCUUGGUUCUGUUGUGUCCUUUUUACCUUGCGACUUAUCUCAUUUUCUUUUUCCUUUAUUCUCUUUUGUAGUUACUGUCAGUGAAGUUGAGGCCCUGUUUGAGUUGUUCAAGAGCAUUAGUAGUUCUGUUAUUGAUGAUGGCCUCAUUAGCAAGGUAGUGUAAUUUCUCCUGGAACACGUUCAUUAGGUGUUUAAUGUUUCUCCCUAAAUAAAACCGUAAUCUCUCUCUGUGCACUUUUCUAAACGGACGAUACCUUCUCCACACGAUUUUGUGAUCAGUAAUGGCGUUAGCAAGGAUUAUAAAUUUAUUUUUUCAGUUCAGAACCUUUUUCUAUGCUGUUUAACAUCAUUAGCACUGGUAACUCAGUAACAUUUUAUCUUUACUAGAUUAAGUAGUAAAGCUAAAAUUUCAAACUUUGCGGCUCUGUUAAUUGAGAAAAUGGUGGCAUAUGUAGACGUUUUGUGUCAAAAAUCAUUGUGUAACGUGUCCCUGAAAUUUCGUUAAUUUUUAUCCUAUUCUUGUUAAAGUUUUUCCCUUGUUAUUUUGAUCUUCAUGUACAUUUGGGUUAAUCACAUAAUUUUUCGGUAUAGAAGAGUCUUACAAAGAAAAGUAUUCUACAAGUUUUUUCCUCUUCAAAAGCUUCACAGUUACUGAGUUAUCUAGGCUCAAUUGGAAGCCCGGUUCCCAUAUGGAUAUCAAACAAAAGUCAAUUCACCAAUAAUAUAGACUGAACAUUCAAUAGAUGUAUCGAAAUUUGAGUUACGUUACAGUUUUUGAAGAUGAAAUUACUAUUAUAAUUUUUCCUUAAAUAUUAUAGUCGUAGAUUUUUUGAUAGUUUUGGCACUGGGAGCUCUGUUUCUUUUUGACUUAUUCAAAAUCAAUGGAUCACUUCUUGUUCUUCCUUUCAUUAUGUGUGCCCGGUGAUAUUUACCUCACUUUUUCUUAGGUUAAUAUUUAUGUCUGUUUUUCGCAGGAAGAGUUUCAGCUAGCUUUAUUUAAAAAUAGGAAAAAGGAGAACCUUUUUGCAAACCGGGUAAUAUAUUAUCUCUGUCCCCGUUAUUUUUUGUUAAAACUUGCAUAUAAGAAGCCAGUAUAUCAUCUUACUUCGUGGGUUUGUAAUGAAUUAUUUUCAUCUUCUUUUGGAAUUUUUUUAUUACAUAAAGGGGUAUUUGGUUAAACGAUGGUCUUCAUCUGGGAAAGUCCUAGGAUAAUGGAAGAGCACUAUUUAAGAGGAAAAAGUUUCUGUUACAUGCAGUGGUCUUUUAUAGAAAGUAAUGAUCGCUGCCCAGUGAAAUCGCAUGUUAUAGCCUUUUUUAUGCCAAUAUUAUACUGAUUGUUUACUGCUCUAUAUUUAAAAUUUAAGUAGAAGGUUAAAAACACAAAAACUGAUGGUACUGACGGUGUAUAUCCUCAUCUCUUUUUUAUUAUUUUUCCUUUUCCUUUCUUGUUCCUUUCCGAUUUUUUACCUCUUCCUCUCCAUCAUUUUCUUCCUCUUCGUUACCUCAUGGGACAUCUUGAAGGCUUUACAGAAUUGAUCCCGUUCAUGAUUUUUCUUUAAUAUUCAACGUUUUGGUUGCCAGAUCAGGAAGGGUCUUGUCCUGCGAUGGCUCAUGCAAUGGCAUGAGUCACAUAUGUCUUAUUGGCUUUGCCCACCCAAAGCAUGGUUUCUCUCAUCUGUCAUGUGUGUGGUUUAUCUAUUCAGACACAGAUCAUUUUAAAUUGGCUGAGAAUUGAACUGAGUUAGUUUGAGACGGAAACGUGAUUCUGAAUCUAUUAGUUUUGUUGUCAGAUAUCGUUUCAAUUGUGGAAGGUUAAGGGCAAGGCGACAAAGUUACUGCUUGCAUUACCACUAGAAACUAAAGUUAGAAUGGUGGCUAUACGGUAAAACGGCGAAAUCAUUGCAUAAAUGUCUCAUAAAGGAGAAUAGGUAACCAACUGAUCCGGUUUGUGUUGGGUCGAAAGAAAAGUAAAAGUAUCCAGCGAUAGUCAGAAGUGAGGACCUAUUGUUUAUUGAAUCCAGUGAUUUGAAACGAGUGAAGAAACCAAUCCUCUCCCAUUCAUCAACUUUAGUCAAAAUUUACUUGUCUAGUAGAGAUUACUUAUUUUAUUUACUGUGGCCUAACACCAACCUAAAAAGCAAAAAAUCUAUGCAACUUUUUGGUCCGUCAGAAUAGCAAAUAGUCACUUCAAAGAUAAUAAAACCUGAACGAUCAGCUAGAGGGACUAUUCGUUUUGUGGGUGUAAGUUUAUGGUCAUGGUCUGUGGGUUCUCAGAAAAUUUGUUAAAGAAUAAAAGUACAGUCAUCAGUGUGGAUUUUUUAUUUCUUUCUCUUAUCCGACAUUUUUUCCGAAUGUCUUCAGGGCAUUGGAUGCAGGCCUUUUUAAUUCUAUUUUUUCUCCAUCCUUUUUCCUUGUUAACUAUUGGGUUUAUCAAUUUUAUGUUUAAUUCAGAUAGGAAAGCUACUUCAGGGAGGUGUUUCGGGAGGGUAGAUACGUCAGGGAGGGUACUUUCAACUUUUUUUGUAUCAUUAGGGUGAACAACACGGCAAUCGAGGAACAUUCUAUCUAACUUUUUGAGUUGGUUGAUGAUACUUGUGAUGGUCCAUGUAGAAACUUUCUUUGUGAUCUGCUGCUUUGGAGUCUUAUAGUACACUUUUUUUUCCUUUGUUUUGGAACAGAUCUUUGACUUAUUUGAUGUGAAGCACAAAGGGGUGAUAGAUUUUGGCGAUUUUGUUCGGGCACUUAAUGUCUUCCACCCAAAUGCUCCACACGAAGACAAAGUGGACUGUAAGCUUCUAAUGUCUCAUUCAGUCCCACAGUCUUGCACUCUGUUUGCUGAUUUUUUUAAUUAUCUUUGCAGUCUCAUUCAAGCUUUAUGAUUUGGAUAGCACGGGGUUUAUUGAAAGACAAGAGGUAAUUCUUUUUUUUUUUCUGAAGACAAUAUUUUUAUUGGUCUCUGUAUCCUCACCCAACUAAUUUCUCUUGAGAUUUGUUUUUCUUAUAUCAAUGGUACGCCUGAUAAAUAAUUUUUUAAUAUCGUAGAUUAAGCACAUAAGUUGUCUCAUGUACUGUUUGUUUAAAUGCUCAUGAUGCUUAUGGUUAAGAUUACUGUCUCCUAAUUUCGUCGCUCGGAGAGAUGCUAGGCAUACUUAGUUAUGCUUAAAUCAAUAAAAAAAGAAAUUUCUGUGACUAAAUUUUUUGCCUAAAAAAUUAUUAUUUUGAUUCAAGAAGAUAAAAUCGUGUGCAUCUGUCAAAAUUAAAAAAUAUUUCAUUUUUUUUAAUACCCAGAGGGGGCCCUAUUCCAAUCUUAUCAAGAAAAUGAUUCAAGUAACAAGGGAAUAAUUAAUAGGAAAUGCCAAAGUGUAAAAAUACUUGUAUUUUUUGGAAUUUGGCAUCGCAUUCUUUUUCGGCUUUAGAUUCUCCAAAACUUGAAGCUCCACUUUUUUUCUCCUGAUCUGAAGAGUGAGAGCCUUCAUUCAGUCCACAUUUCUUGGCCGUCUCCACAGCGGCUAGAACCAUUUGUGUGCGCCUAACACCCUACAUCUUCCUUCUGUUUGUGCAGGUUAAGCAGAUGCUGAUAGCACUCCUCUGUGAAUCAGAAAUGAAGCUGGCUGAUGAGACCAUCGAAAUAAUUCUCGAUAAGGCUAGUCCCGCUGAUCUCAGAUCAAUAAUCCUAUACGCUUUUUGAGUAAAAACUGAUGCCCAGUCAGUAUUCAGUCUCAUGAUGGUUCUUCUUAACCCGAGUCUUGCUACUGUGAGCAGACCUUCGUUGAUGCUGAUGUAAACCAGGAUGGGAAGAUCGACAAAGAAGAAUGGCAGAACUUCGUCUCACGUAAUCCCUCACUUAUGAAGAUCAUGACUUUACCAUAUCUCAGGUAAGCGCCAAUGGCUGUUCUUUCAUUGUGUAAUUCCCAAGGAAGUAAUCAAUUCCCGCAGGUGUAUUUCUUAUUUUCUCCCCUCUUUUUUUUUUUUUUGGGUGAUUUCUUUCUCUUCAUACUCCUUCAUGUAUACUGCAUCGAAGUUGAUCUAAAUUAUUUUUUCAAUUAUUUGACCCACUAAGUUACUCCCUGGUAACUAUAUUUAGACCUGGACAGGAAAUUUUCAGUGAUGCCCUCCAAAACAUGGAAUUAGUGCACAAUUGCCACAUCUAGUUGAUAUUACAAAAAAUACCUUCUUCUGUGCACUUGUUCGGCAGUUUUCUUUGACGGGUUUCAGGAGCAUUGUAGAUAUUACUAAAUGGACCUGAAUCUUUACCAAACCACAUAAUAUUUGACCUAAAUCUAUCUUUUUUGAUCCUAGCCCAGUUGCCUAUUAUUGGAAACUCCUCAACCUGAUGCUUUGACUGGAACUGACCCGUUCAGGAACUGGCAUGGUGGGGUCUCCCUGUUGUAGAUAACAGCCCACGACUUUCAACAGCGGAUUGAUUUCUAGGACAGAUCAGAGGGAACUGGUUGGCCAUUCGGCUCAGAGUUGACUUUCGGCAAUGUACUAUUGUCCCAUGGCUUUCAGCAUUGGACUGAUGACCUGGUCAACGACCAAUCCCUUUUAAGAGAAAUCAAGAACUCUUCAGUCUCUUCUGCCAUUAGCUCCCCUCAACAAUUCCACAGCGUCCCCCCAUCUUUUUAUAGCUAAUCAGCAUUCGCCCCCUCCAUCACUGAAUUCUCAGAUUACCCACAUUCUUUCCCAGAUUUAGCAUUGUCUUCUUGCUCGGAUAAUCACCCAAGUUCCUGAUGUUUCUUGGCAUUCUUUGCAGGGAUAUAACGACCACGUUCCCGAGCUUCGUUUUUAACUCGGAGGUCGAUGAGAUCGCAACCUGA